UUUCGGUUAAACGCUUCGUGAAUCGGUUGCGGGUUUGUUGACAACGCCGACUCCCAUCUCGCACACACACAUCUAUAGUGCGUGUUUACGUUUCCGAGCGGUUUGUUAUUGUUUCAAGAGAAAAGGCGUCGAAAAGAUUCGCGAAUAGAAGUUUCCACGAUUUUCUCCACUAAACUGUUUGGUGUAGGAUGUUCCUGAUAGUGGAAAUAGUUAAUGAUAAAGGCGAAAAGGACUGGAAGGUAGCACCCAAGCGAUGGGUGUGCACGUCGAAGAACACCCAGCGACCAGUUCUGUUUUGGCCACAUGAAUUCAGUGCCGAGAGACAAAAUCAGCUCGCUAUAGAAGGAACAUGUAAGCCACUGCAAAGCUGGAUGCGGAGAGAAUGCGUUGUAAGGCAGGAGUUUCCAACUUACGAGGAAGCACAGAACGAACUCCAUGCACCGUUAAAACAUAAAGAACAAAUCACAGAGGAAGAACCGGAAAAACUCUUGAAUGUAGAGGAUGCUUCCGUUGAAUCACCUGGAUCACCAUGUGCCUCGGGGUCGGAUGAGGAUGCUUCAACGCUAGCAAGUAUCAAAUCAAUGCUGCAAUCGUUAAUAACCAACAAUGCUCGGAUCGAAGAACAGAGCGCUAAUAUAUUGGAACAAAAUUGUCGUAUCGCGAAGGAAAUGUCUCUUUUGCAAAAGAGGGUUGAAACAGUUGAGAGUAAGUUUAUUAACACUACAACGAUUCUGUGUUCCGAUACAUCUUGGCAUAAACCUGAAGCAGCAGUAGAGCUGAAUUGCAAGCCUAACCACUCCGGUCGAAAAUUUUCCUUCAAGCCUACGGAAACCAUGGAACAGUUACUUCAACUAGAUACGAUUUUGAAUGAUGAAUCAUUGUAUACGGAAUUGGUGCAAGGGUUACUGUCAAAAGUAGACGACGAUAAUGCUAUAUGGAGGAUGAAAAGCUGUGUGGAUUUGCUUUGUACGCUAGAGUUACAGUCCAAACUAAAGUGGAGCGGUAUAUCGCGUCUGCCUAACUUUUUGAAUGUGUUCAAAGAAGUGGGGAAAACGCCUUCAGAAAAUGUUACGCUUGCCUCGGUGACCGAUUUUUUUAAGGGCCAUCUGAAAAACACAAAACAGCGGUAUCUUAUAAGCUUAUCUCGCAAGAGGGCUUCCUUUAGGAGAAAACCGAGAAGAAUGCUGCGGCUGGGAAAUGAUCAGCAAGCAGUUAGCUCAAGCUUUACAUUUGUAAACUCAGCAGAUCCCCAGACUGAUCAUUCAGUGCGAGCAUUUACCUUUCAGCCUAUGGAAACCACGGAGCAGCUGCAGGAAUUAGAAGCGAAAUUAAACGAUGAAUCAUUUAAUGCGCAACUGGUGCAGUGGUUACUUUCUAACGUAAACGACGAUAAUACACCAUGGAGGAUGAAGCGCUGCGUGAACUUGCUAUGUUCUCUAGAGCUGCAAACAAACAUGACGUGGUCUCGUAAACAUAACCAAACCCCAAAAGAACCCAUAGUUGAUCUUCCUAAUUUUUUAAAUCUGUUCAAAAUAGUAGGCAAAACGCCGUCAGAAUCUGUAACUGAUAGAUCACUUGUACUGUUUUUUAAAAAUCAUCUGAAGAAUUCAAAAGUUCGUUUUCUUAUUAGUUUAAAUCGAAAACGUGCUUCUAGUUGGAAAAGAUUGAAAAGAUUACAGGAACCAAAAGACGAUGUGGCAGACAACGAGCAGGAAUUUAUUGUCGAACACAAACUGUCGGAUGAGGACAUCAUAAUCUAUGAUCCAAUAGAAUAGCAAUAGACUGCACUCGUUCACUCCACGUAACAUUGAUUAUUGCUGAAGGAAUAAAAUAUUGCUUUGCAAUAUCGUAUUGA